AUGUUGAGAAAUGAUAAUUUAUGUGAUGAAGAUUUUUCGCUCCUACACCUAAAUAUUCGUAGUCUUCAACGUAAUCUAAACAGCCUUUCUAUUCUUUUGACAUGCUUGAAUAUUAAGUUCUCUUUAAUUGGCGUUUCUGAGACUUGGCUAAACGAUUAUUCCCAUUCAGUUGACAUAGAUGGUUUCAAUUUUAUCCACAAAUAUCGAACUGGUGGUGGUGUUGGAUUAUAUAUUUCUGACAAUCUCGAUUUUAAAAUUCGCGCUGACUUGAGUUUUGACGAUAUUGAUGUUGCAGAAUCUUUGUUUAUUGAAAUAUCAAGACCCCAUGGGAAAAAUAUUAUCGGUGGCGUUAUUUACAGGCCACCUAAUCAGAGAGUUGGUGACUUUGUGUCAAAACACACUGAUCUGUUAGCGAAACUC